AUGGCAGACGACGAACUUGCUCAGAUCCGAGCCGCACGACUUGCUCAGCUCAAGCAGCAAGGGGGCAGAGGCGGACCAGGCAAUGCAGCCGGCGGAGAAGAUGAAGAACAAAGGAGAAAACAAGAAUCAGAAGCACGAUCCUCCAUUCUCAACCAGAUCCUCGAGCCUGAAGCCGCCGACCGUCUCGGGAGAAUUCGCAUGGUCAAGGAAUCACGCGCUACGGACGUCGAGAACAGACUCAUCAUGCUGGCGCGAUCAGGCCAGCUUCGCGCAAAGGUCACAGAAGACCAACUGAAAGAGAUGCUGGCCAGUCUAUCAGAGCAUGAAAAGCAAUCCGGCCAAUCCAUGGAGAGUGUGAAGGUAGUGAGGAGAGGGGGAUGGGAUGAUGAUGACCUUGAUGACCUGUUGAACGAGUCUUGA